AUGUCGGUAUCGUACAAUGUCACCACCACCCCCAGCUCCGGAGCAACCACCUCGCUACCGCUGAGUCAAAAGAGCGUCAGUGAGCUAUGGGUGCUCGUCCAGUCGCAGGGUCUGUCUGCCGCGUCUGCCCUCCUCAUGCACGGAGUUUUUAUCCUUCUCUUCAUUCUGGCGCUGUCCUACCUCUUCCGCACUUACCCCGACGGGUAUCGCAUCCCAGGGCGCACAUUCCUCCGCCUUACCGCCAUCCUGCUCGCUGUCUUCGCCGUCGUACAAGUCGUCUUGGACGUCUCGCUAGUGAUUCUCAUCGCAAAUGUACUGACGGGCAAAGUGACACGCGGGUCGGCGCCGAGAAUGCUAAUGUGGACGUAUCGUAUGCUCUAUCUAGCGAGACAGGGCUCGCUGGCCGUCAACAACUUGAUUGCAGACAUCCUCUUUCUCUACCGCUGCAAGCGCAUAUGGGGCACCCACCGUCUCACACCAUAUAUCAUCACAUUCGUCUCAUUCCUCAUUAUCGGCACAGCGGCAAUCGCGGGGGUUACGAUCUACUAUAAACUCAAUAUUCGGAUUCCAUUCGGUGCUGCGCUCGGGACUAACGUCGUCCUACUUGUUUUGACCGCCGGGAGAAUCUGGUACAAGGGAAGGAGGGCAGAACCACUGAUGGGAAGACGGUUACGGACGAGGUGGAGGGCUGCUGUGGCAAUCAUCUUGGAGUCGUCCUUGUUAUACGUUGCUGCGAAUAUGCUUUAUAUGAUUAGUCAGACGCGCAAUGUGCCUCCGUUCACAGGCGCGCAGAGCAUCUGCUGGGGUGCCUUAGCACAACUCGUCACAGAAUAUUAUACCCAUGAUGAUGAUUGUCCGCGUUGCUCUCAACCGCAGCGAUGA